AUGCCGGAGUUCUUCAAGAUGUGCGUGGACACCUGGCAGCGCGUCAAUCCACACUGGGAUGUGCGCAUCUUACAGAAGUCUACGGUCUUGGAGUACCUGACGGAGGAUGAGCUGCCCAAUCGCUUCAUGGACAUGACUUCGCACCAGACAGCAUCCGACGCCGUACGGCUUGGAGUCCUUAGCCGGUAUGGCGGAGUUUGGAUGGAUGUGAACAUCCUUGUUUGCGGGAGCCUGGACAAGCUGUGCUGGAAUGCCAUCUCCUGGGGGCAGAGACCUGCAUGCGUUUUCUACCACCCGUCCUACGGAACAGAAGCGCUGGGCGGGCAAGACUUCGUUGAAAGUUGGUUCCUGGCGACCGGCCCGGGCAAUCCUUUCUUCAUUCGCUGGCGUGACAUCUUCAAGGAGCUGUUCCAGGACCGGCUGGACAUACAAGGGCUGCUGAGCCAUCCUUUCUACAAGGGCCUGGACCUCUCUGGAUUUGAGAAGCUGAACAACGACUUCAGCGGGUCAGGCAUGGAGUUUCGAGAAUACCUCGCUAUCCAUGCCAUGUGCCAUCGACUACUGGAGACAGAGCCCCAGGCGCGACGCCUUUGGCGUGAUCGAUUUAUCCAGGUCAAUGCCGCUGACACGGCAUUCAGACUGCAAAUGGUGGCUCAAGCCAGUAACCUCCACAUGGCGCAGGUACUCCUGCUGGAAGAUGGCCGUGCUGGACAGCUUAUCGACGGAGUCCCGUUGAUCAAGUUCCGCACGCCAGACUAUGGACCCCUGCUGCAGCUAUCGGCAGCGCAGCUGAAAGACCAAAAGCAUUUGCUCGGGCGCUUGCUUGAUCCGCCUGAUGCCGCAGAGGCCAUGCGAAGGCCGGCGGUAUCUGCACGGGCUGCCUAUGGCUCCGUGCCACGAUGGGGCGGCCGUCGCUAUCUUGUGACUGCGAGCCUGGCUGCUGCGCUGUGCAGGGGCUCGCAAGUGGUCUUGCCAAUGGGCCGCGGUGUGCUAGCAGGCGUGUCGCCUCCAUCUGUCCGUUCUUUCCGCCCUGGCCUUGAGCCUCCCCUGCGCGGGUUGAGGCCGGCUUCUUGGGCAUGCAGAAGCUGUUGA